AUGGUCGAGCAUUUCGGGCGGUUCGUCCGCGCGCUCGACCCGGGCUGCUAUUGCGUCCCCUGGUGCUGCUGCUACCGCACCGCGGGGCUCAUGAGUCUUCGCAUCAAUCAACUCGACGUGCGCUGCGAGACUAAAACGAAGGACAACGUUUUCGUGACAGUCGUCGCGUCUAUUCAGUAUCAAGCCAUCCGCGAGCAAGUCGAAGACGCGUUCUACCGCCUCGCCGACCCGCAGGCUCAAAUCCGCUCCUACGUCUUCGACGUCGUGCGAAGCAGCGUACCCAAGAUGGACCUGGACGAGGUGUUCAUAUCCAAGAACGAGAUCGCGCAGAACGUGGAAACAGAACUCGAAAAGGCCAUGCACGACUAUGGCUACCGCAUUGUGCAGACGCUGAUCGUGGACGUGGAGCCGGAUGAGCGAGUCAAGGUCGCCAUGAACGAGAUCAACGCAGCCCAGCGCAUUCGGCAGGCGACCCAGGAGAAGGCGGAGGCGGAGAAGAUUCUGCAGGUGAAGAAGGCGGAGGGAGAUGCCGAGGCUAAGUACCUCGCUGGCGUUGGUGUGGCUCGGCAGCGACAGGCCAUCGUGGAUGGGCUGCGGGAGAGCGUGAUGGGAUUCUCCUCGCAGGUUCCUGGAACCACCGCCAAGGACGUGCUUGACAUGGUGAGAUACAGGGCAGCGGUUGCGUUACUGGGGUUGCCAUGUGUAUAG